UAAACUAAUAACAGACAUAUAUUAUAAGCGCGUUCGUAAGGCAACUAUUACAGUUCCUGAUUUUACAAACUCUCAUCAUUGUCUAAAAAAAUGAAUGGCGUAAUUUGGAAUAAGAUGCAGGAGACCUUUGUGCCAAUUUCUAGUGUGCCUGUAUAUGCCAUGUUACAACAGGAACGUCUUAAGCAAAGUCGAGAACUGGAAACUCACAAUUUCCAGCUUCAGAACUUGACUCUGACAGCUUUUGAGGAAAAACAUUAUCUUCAAUUCUACGAUAACAAUACAAAAGUUACAGGAAUCUGUGGUGAUGUAUGGACCCUCCUCGCUCAAGUAUUAAACUUUACAUUGCAGCCAGUGAAAUCAAAUUUUAACAGUCUCGGUUUGACCAAAACUACUCAGGAAUUUUUGAGGAAAUAUAAUAUGAGUUAUCAGGUGGGAUUGUUAGACACAAUUUCUAAUAAUGAAACCGAUGCGAUACCUAAGCUUGAAGCAUUUUCUAAUCACCUUACUGAUUUACAAUUUACAAUGCCGUUAUGGCUGAGCAGUCACCGAUUAUUCUUUCGUUAUGAUGGAAUAUACGACAGCAUGUGGGUAACAAAAGCAUUUUCUUGGAAAGUAUGGUUCAUCAUAUUCACCACGCUUUUAUUGCUCACCGUGUGCAGCUUUUGGUCACAGAUUCUUCUUACACGGAUCAGAGAUAAACACAAAAGUACAACCUUCAACGAACAUAUUUUUUAUAAUUUUGGAAUGCUCUGCAAUCAAAGCUACAUUCCUGAUGCCCUUAAUGGAAGAUCAAGAAUAUUAGAAACAUCACUGGGUCUCUUCUGUUCUAUAUUAUCAAUGGCCUAUGGAGCUGUGCUGUUUAUUUAUAUGACAAAACGAAUUCUUGAACCGCCAUUCGAUGAUGUGGACUCUCUCGUAAAUAAUACUAAACAUUACAAGAUUGUCUCUCUAAAUGGUUCUGUCGCAGAAAUGAUAUUUAAGAUAAUGCCUUUCGGAGCUUAUGCGGCAGCAAGGAAGACGGGACGCUUCGUCAGUGCCUCUACAGUUGAUGAAAUGCAUAUAUUAGCAUGUUCCACGCAAAGAGACGUAUAUGUUUUAUAUCUACCUGAAGAGGAGUACUAUGCAAGAAAACAACUUAUGUGUGAUUUGACUGUAACGGGAACAAAACACGCUAUACAAUCAUAUAUAGCAUCUGGCCUCUCGCGGAAGUUUAAAUACACCAGGAGCAUCAAUCUCGGGAUAUUGAAAUUAAUCGAAACCGGACUGCUGAAUCUUUUAAGACACGACUGGUUACAACAGGAAACUGACAAUAAUAUCAUUAAAGUCACUAAAAUUGAAGCGAUCAGGAUGGAUCAGAUUCUUGUGAUGAUUGGGGUGCUGUGUAGCGGUGUGGUAGCAGCUUUAGUUGUACUCAUAAUCGAAAAAGUUGUAUAUGCUUGUACACUCAAGCGAUUAUAAUUAUAUUUUUAUUGAUGUUAUAUAUGUGCGAAAUAUGUAUGUGUGCAAACAUA